CUAAAUCACACUGACGCCAUUAAAUUUUAGCCUCAUCAUACCGUUAUACCCCUAUCUUUAUUUUUUACUUUAUGUUUUUAUUUUUUGAGGGCAUUUUCCAUUCUUCCCCAAAAUCGUUCUCUCACCAUCUAUCGCGCGAUCAAGAAACCCACCAGCAGAGGGACACCGUCGUUGCCCCGCCUCCACCCCCCGUUUCACGCUGCCUUUCGCUCAUCCUUCAUCCUUUCAUACACUGUCGUUACCUUUCCCCACCGACACUACAGUCACGAUCCCCCGUCUGCCCCACCCCCAAGCUUUCUAGGGUUUACUUGCGAUUUUUUAAUUUGGUAAAAUUUCUCAAAUCUCUCCUCUCGGCUCGUGAGUAGGAACGUUCGUGUAUUUCAAAAAUCAAUUUUCUAGUUUUAUUUUGGGUUGAAAGUGAACUUUACGUCGGACACAGAGAUAUGUAUAUUAUUAAAAAUUUUGUGGUCAAGUUACUUUAUUUCCUCUUUUGCUGUGUAUUUUGUCGUGUCUCUGGAAUAAAUUUAGUAAUUCGUAGAAAGUUAGAUUUUGUUGGUGGUAAGAUUCAGUGUGUUGUCUUGCAUAUUGCACGUUCUUGAGGUUGUUGUGGUCCCCGGCAUAAUGGACCAGUUUGCGACAAUUUAUAUGUGGGUGGAUGGGUAUACCGAGUAUGAGGGCCCCGCGAAGCGAUACAGGGGUGGCAGAUAUGUUUGUUUCCCCCGUAUCGAUAAGGAUAGGUUCUAUUUUGGUGAGAUCUUCAACAUGUACUGUCGUGUAAGAGGUAGGGCAGGUGUUGUGGAGUUCAUACAUCGGAGCCCCGAUAGUCCCCACGGUGCAAAUCAGAAAGGUCCAGUGUAUCAUAUUAAGAGCGAUGAAGAUGUUAUGAAUAUGUUUAAAAUUCACUACGGCAAAAAUAUAAUUUCUAUAUAUGCCGAGGAUAAAGCUUUGGCGAUGCGCAUAUGUGAUGCCUACGGACAUAACAUACGGAGGCCUAACGAAGGUUUGUUGCUUGAAUGGCGUCGUGGAAUGGAGGAAAGUAGCACUCUGAGGAAUUACGUUUUUGAGGAUGAUAAGGGUGUCGAGGACGAUGGGGGGUGAUGACGCUCAUGAGGGUGAAAACGUGCAUGAGGAAAGAGUAACGGAUAAUGUGUGCGGAUACAAGAAUAAAGGUUUUCAAAGCUACGAAUUUGAGGAGUUAACAGGUGGAUUUGAUCCGCAGGAUGAGGAAAGAUUUCGAAAAGGGAAAGGCAUUGCAACUCUAGACUCGGAAGAGGAAAGCGAGGGGGACGAUGCGGACAACGAUGAAGAAGAUGACUCGCAAGGGAAUUUCGAGUACAUGGGUGUUGACGAACCCGUGUGGACCGAUUACACGGAGGGAAUGGACAAUCGUGGUUGGUAUGAGGCUCAAUUGCAUGCAGAUGCAAGCGAUGACGAUGACGAUGAUAAUGCUGAUGACGAUGAUGGUGAUGGUGACGAUGACGAUGAUGAUGACCGUGAUCGUGACGAUGACGAUGAUGAAGACAAUGACAAUGACAAUGAUGAUGAUGAAGACGAUGACGAUGACAAUACAGAUGCCGACGAAUAUUGGGAGGAGUUGCGGAUUUAUCAAGAGAGUCAACGAGAGAAAACCCAUGAAGAAAGUUCUGAUGGCGAGGAUCAAAUCUCUGAUAACGGAGAGUGGAACAGCGAGGAUGUGGAAGGCGAAAUUCACUCGGACACUUCCCUCACGGAUGAGGGAGCAGUAGAACUUGGCGGGGGUGAUGUACCAAUGGAUGAACCGCACUUGGCGGAUGAAACUGAGGCGACUAGAGAAUUGGAUCAUGGGACGGGGGUUAAACCGACCAUAGAUGGGUGGAUUAGUGAUGAAUUGAGCGAGGAGGACGGGUUACUGCGUAGUCCGGAAGAUUCUAACGACACCCGGGGGCUGGCGUACGAGGAAUGGGAUGAUAAAAUGGAGAAAUCUGACUGUGAAUUGAAAGUGGGGAUGAAAUUUGUGAACGGACUGACAUAUAGGCAAGCCCUCCGUGACUGGGGUGUACGGAGGGGUGGAAUAUAAACCUCAUAAAGAAUGAAAAAAAAGAAGGUUACAGCCAUAUGCAAGAAGGGUUGUGAUUGGAGGAUUCACGCGUCAUCCAUCAUGGGUGGAGACACCUUCCAGAUCAAAACCCUGAAGGGAACCCAUCAGUGUUCACACCAGUCGACCAAUGCGCAAGCAAACUACAAGUACCUU